CUUCCAAAGUUUAAUUUGUGAUCAGAGCAAAAGGCUGGUAGGUUAUUGGUAUCCAUGUACAUACAGCUGCGAGCUAUGAAAUAGUAGUGGUUGCCAACCCAAAUUUUUUUUCAAUUGUUAACAGUUUUAAAUAGUUUUUGCUCUCACACAACUCGUUGAUAUUUUUGGGCUUAGCCAUCUAAACACAUUUUUUUUUAUACAAUAUAAAAUAGGGUUUCAAUAGGAUUAAAGUCAGGAGAUCGAACUAAACUACCUGAAAUAUUACCAUACCUUUAACCUUGAACACCUAUGUUUUUAAGCUUCGUGGUGUAUUGUGGUUCAUACUCUUUAUUAGAGGGACGUUGCACAUACUCUCGAAACCCUUUCCUGUCAUAAAGAAUAAUUUUCCACUCUUCAGUUAAAAGUUUGUUCUUACAUUUUAAUAUUGGCCAAGACGAAUCACGUAGCACGAUUUUGUUUUAACAAAGGAGCCUUACGAGGUAUGCAGACAUACAAAUUAUGAUCUUGUAUCCUUCUACUAUUUCAUUGCACGCUGCUGUGUAUACAGAACAUGCAGAAAAAAUAGUGUGUUUAUAUUCGACAAGGACGCGUUUAAAGAUAAUCUGAUCUGUUUCAUAUAUUAAUUUAAAAUUUUAGUAUGUUAUAUUGUGAAUUGUGUUCUGAAAAAAAAUCGAUUAAAUAAGAAUGUUUUAUUUUUUAUUUACACACCAUUUCGAAAUUUAAUCUAAAACUAAGCAAUUAUCAAGAUCAAUAUCGAUUUUGAACAAUUUAGUGCCGUAACAACAACUGGUUUGCAGAUGGUUUCAUAGACAACUGUGUCAUUGCAACGACGGACGGAUUUCGACGGACAACCUCAUGACCAAAUAAAGAUUUAGCAAACAAAAAUAAAAAAAUUAAUAAACCGAGAAAGCAAAACACCGACACUCCUUUUCUAAACAGACCAUUCCAUAUGUUUGUAUGCAUGUAUGUACAUGUGUUUGUUGCUAUUCCCUAAUAACCUACCCCAGCCAACUCGCAUGCUAAGCAGCGUCUUUUGCGAACAACAAAGAAAUCCACAUUGCGCAUCAACAACAACACAAUAACAACAACAGCGAUUGCAUUUGUUGUAAAACCAAAAAAUGAAUUGAGUUGCGGAGUGUGUGCGUAAAAAUGUGUGUGUGGGUGGGUUUGCGUGUAUAUGAGCGGGCGGUGAAUCAUGCGCGAAUAUACGAAAUGUAGCAGCGAUGUCGGCUGCGAUAUCGUUCUGCUACGAAUCGCAAUUCGUCGAGUAGCCAUACGAUUGUAAAAUAUAGACAAAGCGCAUUUAAAAAAAAAAAAAUUACAACAAAAGAAUAGUGGUGAACGUAUUUUACCGCCUCUGAGCCAAAUCGAGGCGCGUUUAUAAAAUUUUCAAUUAUUCUAAUGAAGACAACAAAGCGGUUGAAGUGUUGAACUGCGAAAGAGGCAAAACUGAAAGUACGUUGGCCAAGUUCAAGGACACGCACGUAGAGCGUGCAAUAGAACCAGAGCAGCAACAAAAAUGUGUAUAAAAACAACGAAUAAGUGAAUAUUGUGUUAGAAAAUUAACGAUGCAGUACAUAACGAAAGAAAUAACAAAGAGUUUCAGCAAAAGCAACAACAGCAAAAUAUAUCAACACCAACAACAUUUAACACUCUAAUAGAAUUCGCAAUUUUCACCGUACAGUGACCUGUAAUCAUAAAAAAAGUUUAACUCAAAUCAAACUUGCACCUACCCUUCAGACAGCACAGCACUCGCUGCAGCACCCGACUUGUGCGCCCCCUCGAAAAUAUAACAACCAAAAGCAAUAAGAAAAUUACACAAACAAACGAGCGAGUUUAGUGUACGUGUGCGACUGCUUCUUGUAAAUUUGCGCGAAAUAACUGUGCUCUUAAGUAUAUAGACAACCCUGUCGGUAAUUUCUGUGCGUGUGUGUAUGUGUUUGCAUGGCUCCCACGUGGGCGCAAGGACAAACAUCAUAUAAUACUGGAUCAUUCAACUUGUAACAAAACAAUUGCAAAAAUUUUAACAAGUAUUUUUUUUAUUGUUUUGGAAAAAAGUCAACAACAUCCACACCCCGCGCCGUCAAAGUGCUGUCAGUACCAACGCCAUUGCAAUAGGCCGUAGCAGCCUUCUUCGGUGUUUUCGUUUUAUUCUUAAACCCCAGACUGAGGGUCAGCUGCUGUGUGGCAAGUAUAUUGCGUAGCAAUAUUGUCUCUCUCUCCGAUUAGCUGGCGUAUAUAACGAAUAUAGUGCAGGCGCAAAAAAGCUCCAAAAGCGCUUUUAAUUAAUUGGGUGAAUUGCGAUUUAACGGUGCGAGGGGUGAAGAGAUAGCUUGUGGGCGACUCAACAACAAACAAAUAUUUAUAACAACAACAACAGUAAAUUCAUAAAGCAAUUUGUUGCACAAAACCGACUGCAGUAAAAGCCAGAAACAAUUAAAAAUUGCGACUACUUAAAUCGGAACAGAUUCGUAACCCCCGAAGAACACAAAAAUAUUAGAUAAAUAAAUAUUUAUAGUUUAUUUCAAAUCGGACCAAAGUAAAGGAGAAAAGUCGAAACACUAACGCACAAAUUAACCUCAAAUUCAAGGCAACACGCAGCGGCGGCUGCGUCGACUUCGCCGUCGACACUGAAAAUUGAUUGUCAUAGUUAGACUGUGACAUUUCGCAUACUUUUCGGGGGUCGGAGGGUAGGGGUGCAGGAGUUUUGUGCACACACGUUGGUAAACUACUUCGUCAGAAUUACCGUUAGCGCAAUCUUCACAACGGCUCAAAAUGAUAUCGAACAAAAAAUCAUACGCCAUGAAGAUGCUGCAGUUAGCAUUGGCCUUGAGCUUGCUGCACGUGGAUCCGGAUAAUUUCUUACAGCAACGCUUGCGCAAUUGGGAUUCACAGUUGGAGUUGCGCGAUGGUGAUGGCUGGGAAUUGGAAAUGUUGCGUGCCGUGCCGAUGGUCGAGUAUCCGUAUGCGAAUCGCAAAACUAUGAUGCCACUCAUUGAGGAUCUAAUACGCUAUGAUCGCCAACAUGACGCUACACCGCCGCAAUAUAAUGUCACCGCUUACAUGUUGAAUGUGCAAAAUGAUGGUGGCACCAAUCAGACCGCCACCCUACCGGAACUGCAAGCAACAACGAGUUCGACGACGAGCGCCGCUAGUAGUGUGAAUGUGGCUGGUGCCGCUGCCUUGGAACAGGCCGCCAAUGCGGCGGCGGCUGCUGCGGCGGCCAGCACGAAUGCCAGCAAUAUGGGUUUGCCCGCUUCGGAGUUGGAUGUGUUUCUCAAUUCGGAAAACUUUCAAGAUCAGCGUUCGGUAUGGGAGCAAAACUUGGCCGAUCUGCGUGACUUUGGCGAUCUUGCCGUCAACAAUCCCUACGCUGGUUUGCCGCUCAAAGAUGAGCCUUACAACAACACUUAUAUUGAUGUUAAUUUGGAUAUGUUCUUUCCGAGUUUCGCAAGUGCAGCGGCGGCUGGUGUCGCGGUAAAGGAGGAGACGGUCGGUGCGGGCGCUUUAAAUGAUACUUUUCCCGAGCCGGCCGAUAUUGCCAGCAUUAAAACCGAACAGCUUGACAAAGAGGAGCAGGAACUUGCGCUUGAAAAUGAAGUGGCAACCUCCUCAAGCUCCAGUGACGAAGCUGCGCCCAAGAUUAAAAAAGAAAAGGAAAGUGGCGAGCAUAACACGCAAGCAGCGUUGAGUGAAGAAGUGGAUUUGAGCCCAUUUAUCAGCCAAUUGGAUUUGAUUAAAGAGGAGAGCGAAAUUAUCGACGUGCUCUGGAAGCAAGAUGUCGAUUUGGGUUUUUCAUUGACACCACCGCAUCUGCUGAAUGCAACCGCUAAUAACGGUAGUACAGGUGCAGGCGCCGAUGACGAUAUUGAGAAGUUGAAAGCGCUUAAAUUAGAUAAGCCAAGCUUUGAAGGCAAAGAUGUGGGAGAUGAUGCUGGCGAUAUUGAUGAUGAAUGGGCUGGUAUACCCUUCACCGUGGACAAUGAAACUGGUGAAUAUAUACGUUUGCCACUGGACGAAAUUCUUAACGACGUACUACAAUUGGCUGAAUUCGGUAAUAUUAAUAGCGAGUGCUCAAACGAUUCUGUCGCAUCAACAUCGAAAGCUGCGGCUGCCAAAACUAACAACAAUAACAAUAACAACGACAAAACAAAAUCGGAAACCGAGGAAGACGAGAUAAACGAUAAUAGCAGCAACAACAACAACAACGCCAGUGCUAUCAUAUCUAACGGCAAAGACGAAGAUUUAACUAAGAAAACACUCGGCACAACCACUGACGUCACUACCAAACACAAAGAGGACAACACUGAGGAAGAUUAUAUUGACGAUUUCGAUCUAUCGUUAUCGGAGAUCGAAGUCAAUUCAUUGCCAUCGCCACUUUUCGAUUUAGAUGACGAAGCACGCGAGGAACUAGCCGACUUCGAUAUAAUGUUACAAUCAGCCGGAGCACCACCAUCGCCAUUCCACCACCAUCAUCCGCAUCAACGCGGUGCCGGCAUGCAGGGUUAUGUUGGCGGCGGCGCGAACAGUGCUUUCCACCGUCAAGCGACCGGAUUCCAUCAUGGUCACCAUCAGGGUCGCAUGUCCCUCAGUCGUGGCGUUUCGAUGGAGCAACGCUUACAGGAUAUCGCCAGCUUUUUCAAUCCGAUAUCGAGCAUGGGCGUAGUCGGCGGUGUCUCCGAUAUGCCGCCCUAUCCCCACUAUCCCACCCAUCCAUAUUCGUACCAGGGUGCUGCUGGCAUACCAGCGCCACCACAACAUGCUCAAUAUCCGCCGCCACCACCGCCGCAUCCACACCAUCACAGCCACCAUGCCAUGUUGCAUGCCAACGCCACGUUGGGUGAUAUUUGCCCCACGCAGCCGCAUUAUGGCCAUAAUUUGGGUUCAGCCGUCACUUCUAGCAUGCAUUUGACCAACUCCAGUCAUGAAGCUGAUGGCGGUGCAGCUGCAGCAGCCGGCGCUGCGGGCGGUAAUGUGGGCGCUUACAAAAUGGAACACGACAUGAUGUACUACACUAAUUCUUCGUCGGAUAUGAAUCACACUACUGAAGGAUUUAUUAACUCAAUUCUGAAUGAUGAAGAUUUGCACUUAAUGGACAUGAAUGACAGUUUCUGUCGUAUGGUUGACGUAAACAACAGCACAAGCAAUAACUCGUCGGUACUCGGCGGCAGCGCUGGUCUCUCGAACGGUCAUGCAAGUGCCAGCGGCGGUAGUGCUACAGGUUCGUCAGCUAACGGGCUCGCAAUGAACGGUGCUGGCGCUACGAAUAGUGCGCUCGCUGGCGGUAUGACAGCGGAUCUCUUGGGUUCGGGUGCGGGUGGCACGAGCGCUGGCGGUGAUCGUUUGGACGCCUCUAGCGACAGUGCAGUCAGUUCGAUGGGCUCGGAGCGUGUACCGUCACUCUCGGAUGGUGAGUGGGGUGAAGGUAGCGAUUCGGCGCAAGAUUAUCAUCAAGGCAAAUACGGUAGACCGUAUGACUAUAGUUACAAUAAUAAUAAUAAUCGCAUGAACGAUGGCACACGACAACCGCCUGUUGCACAGAAGAAACAUCAAAUGUUCGGCAAGCGUUUUCUCAAUGAACAACCCGGUUUGGGCGCGACGGGUACUACCGCCGACAAUGGUAGUAAUGUCGGUGUUGUGCCACCAACCGGCACAAAUUCACUACUAAAUAUUGGUCCCGCACAGUCGAUUAAAUAUGAGUAUGAAGCGUAUCCAACUGUGCCGGGUCUACAACCGGGCGGGGCUGGCGGUACACUGAAUGCCGAAGGUGCUAUGGGACCAGUGCUAAGUAACAAAGAACAACAGGCAUACGAUUUGAAGUAUGGCCCCGCCGUUGCAGGUGCAAUUGGUGGUUAUUCACUUGAUUUUGCACAACGUCCGCCGCGCACACCACACGAGGUCGUGCAGCACAAUCACACGUACACGCUGCCACAGGGCACCGGCUCCAUGCCUCGGCCACAGGCACGUGACAAGAAACUCUCCAUCUCAUCGUCGAAGUCCUCUAAAUCCCUUAAUGGUGAAGAGGAGCAUUUGACACGUGACGAGAAGCGCGCCCGCGCUAUGAAUGUCCCCAUACCAGUGAGCGAUAUCAUCAACUUGCCCAUGGAUGAGUUCAAUGAACGUCUCUCCAAGUACGACUUGACCGAGAAUCAGCUGUCACUUAUACGCGACAUACGUCGGCGCGGCAAGAACAAGGUCGCCGCACAGAAUUGUCGCAAACGUAAGCUCGAUCAAAUACUCUCGCUGGAAGAUGAGGUGAAAGAGGUGCGUCGCCGUAAGGAACAGUUGUUUUCGGAUCGCGACAGUCUAACUUUGGAGCGUAAGCGUAUAUCGAACAAGUUCGCGGCGCUGCACAGACACAUAUUCCAAUAUUUGCGCGAUCCCGAAGGCAAUCCUUGCUCAACGUCCGAAUACACGCUGCAACAGGCCGCCGAUGGGUCCAUUUACUUGCUGCGCAAAUCUGAUGCCACAAACGGCAGUGGCAACAUCAGCAAUAGCAGUAGCACAAGCAGCAGCAGCAGUAGUAGUAGUAGUGUGAGUACGCUACUGAGUCACAAUGGCAUGUCGCCACAGCAGCAGCAGCAGCAGCAACAACCACAGCAGCAUUCAAUGCUGGGCGCUGCGACGCAUUUGCAACAGCAGCAACAAUCGCUGCAUCAUCAUCAUCAUCAUACGCAAGCGCAACAACAGCAACAGCAGCUGUCACAUAUGCACACACAGCAAGUGCAACAGGCGCAGCAGCAACAACAACAACAGCGGCAACAUUCUGCGCAUGCGCAGGCACAUCAUCACCAGACGCAUCAGAAAGAUUGAAAAUUGCUGUUGCAGCACUAUGCGAAUUGGUUUAAAAUGCAAAAACAACAUCAUCAUCAACAGCAGCAGCAGCAGCAGCAGCAACAACAACAACAACAACAGCGUCAUCAUUACCGUUAUCAUCUUUAUCAUCAUCACCAUCAUCAGCAAAAGCAUCAACAACAACAACAGCAGCAGCAGUACGUACAACAAACCGCGCAACAACAACAAAAGUCGUUACAGCCUUUCAAGCAACAACGCGUCUCGCCGCAACCAUAUGCCACCGAGCUGGAACUUUAUUAUCAGCAUUCAGCCGUGGCAGCGUCAGCAGCAACGACUUCCCAACAACAACAAUGCCGAUGCGCUCACUGCUAUGAUUAUUAUGUUGCGCCACAGCAACAAGACGCUAUGGACUUGGAGUGGUUGCAUGAAAUCGCCACUGUGCCACCAGCUGCAACAGCAUCGAUUGCCACAAGUUUCUAUUUUUAUUAAAAUUUAAUUUAGCGGAAAUCCACUAAACUAACUUGCUUCUCCACUUCUUCACUGCUGCUGGCGGUUUGCGUAUUUAUUGUAGUUGUAAUUUUUUUAAUUUUGAUAGCAUCCAAACUCACAGACCCUGUGGCUGUCGGGUCGUGGUCGUAAAAAAAAUAAAAUACAUACAUACGUAUGUACAUAUGUAUGUAUGUAGGUGUUGGUAUUUUUAACAACAAAAAAUUACCUUUUUUAUACAUAUAUAAAUAUAAUAAGAGCAGAAAUAAUUAUUUUGACAAUUAAGUUGUCAAUUUGUUGCUCAUGCUACAGCAUGCCUUUUACACUAGAGUUCAGCGAAACUUAAAACAACAAUUUUCAAAAAUGAAUAUCACAAACACACUUGUAUAUCGCGCAUAUUCACACAUAUAUACAAAUCAAAAAUCAAAAAAUAUUAAAAAAAAAAGUACAGAAUUUGCUUAAAAAAAAUUACUUGAAUUAAAAGUUAUUAAAAAUUGAGCACAAAUAAUAUUAAGUAAGCAGUAACAGAGGUUAAUUAUGAAGUGAAGUGAGAAAUAAACGAAAACGUCAUUUUAUACACAAAAAUUUUUUAAGUUUAUUUUUUCUUUUGCUAAAUAAGCUCACUAUUAUGUACUAUACUAGAUACGGAGUUAAAGGCAAAAUGUAAAAAAAAAA